UCGACAGAAGAAGACAGAAGCAGAAACAGCACCACUGCGGUUGCAGGAAAUUUCAUUCAUCGAAUUUUUAUUAAUUUGGCACUGGCCGAAGUCUAGUUAUUUCAUUUACUUGCCAGAAUAACCAACUGGUGCCCCAUUUGUUUUUGUUUCGCAUCGUUUCAAAACAAACUCGCGCUCAGUGCUUAAAAUGUGAAAUUUCUGAGUUUUUCUAUCGCAAAUUAUGUGACGCGGCCAUAUUUAAAAAGAAUUUAAUGUUGAAUACAGUGUAAAGACGAAGGGAGGCCACACAAAUUAUAUAAAUACUGUUGGGAGCUAAAUUGCAAUUACAAUAAACUGCGAAGCUCCAGUUAUGAUGGACAGGAAGAAAGUAUUGGAAUUGGAUAAAAUUUGCCGUGUUUGCAUUUCGGAACGCAAGGAAAUGCGUCCCUUAUUUAGUGAGAAGGUCCCAGAAAUGCUCAUGGACUGCACCAGCGUUCGAGUCGAUCCUAUUGAGGGAUGGCCCGAUAAAAUAUGUGUGCAGUGCGUCCAUGCUGUCAGUCGGAAUCAUGCAUUUAAAACGUUGGUAGAGCGAAGCGAUAAGGAGUUGCGGGAAUAUAUUAAGACUUUGACGGUGCGUCUCGUGCUAGACGAGUCGCUGACCCCACAGGAGCGAAAGCAACAGAAGCUGCUCCAGAAGCAGCUGAAGCAGCAGCAAAUGCUCGAGGAACAGCAACAAAAAUUGGAACAACAAAUUCUUCAGCAACAGCAGCAGCUCCAGCAGCAGCAACAACAGCAACAACAUCAACAACAGUCACCUAUAUUCCUGGUCCAGCAACCCCAACAACAACCGCAAAAGCUCCCGCUACAGCCGCAAAAGACCAAAUUAAAGCCACUAAUGCGCAAGGGAUCCCGUCAGACGAAAAAACAAUUAGAGGCGACACAACUGCUACAAGAACCAGCGCCGCCGCCACCGCCUCCUCCGCUGAUUGCCCAGCCACAACAGCAGAUACAACAAAUUCAGUUGCCCACAUUGCAACCUGCUCCCGCACAGCUUCUGCCAACGACGACAGCACAGCAAAUCCUCUUGCCUAAUGGUCAGUUGAUAACGACGCAAAUUGUAGCGCCGCAGCUAGCGCAAAUUAUAAGCCCGCAAACCACGACGACAAAUGCUGCCGCAUCAGUAUCAGCUCAGGCGCAAUUUCUUCCACAACUAUUGCAGGCGCCCAAUGGACAGACGUUACAGAUUGUGCAGCAGCCAAACGGCACACAGACGCUACAGCUGGUGCAGUUGGUGCCACAGCGCACCAUGGCGCCGGUUAAUACAACAAAUAGUGGGACGGAGUUAUGUACGACAAGUAGUGGUGCAUCAUUAGCGGAUGCGGAUGUCCAGUUACUGGAAGACGGCGAAAUGGAUGAUGAGGAGCUGGAUGAGGUGUACGAACAGCUGGACAGUAAGGGUCAUACAUUUGAGACGAUUGUGCUGGAGGAUGAUCAGCAGGAAUUUAUUAAGGAACAUCCGCAGCAUCAUCAGGUGUUAAUAGACGAGGAUCUCACCCAAAGCGAAACACAGGAGCAGGAACAUGAAGAGUUUUUUGACGAGCAGUUACUGCAACAUGAUGAGGGCAUUAAACACGAGGAUGACGAUGAUGACAAUUUCAUUAUUGAAGAAAUACAAUUAGAUGAAGAGGAUAUGCUCGACGAUGGCGAUGGUGAAGUAGAUGGCGACGAUAUGACGCCUGUUGAUGAGUGCGAAUACCUGACCGAUGAACAGGAUCAUACUGUGCUCGGUGGAGAUGUGGAUGAUGAGCUGCACUACGCGAUAAUGGAGCCACACGAUGCCGAUGUUAGCGCCAGCGACAUUGAGCAGGCCUUCAUCGACGUCGAUGCUCAGCAACAGCAAUUGCAGGAACAACAACAGCAACAGGCUGUAGAGCUGCAUAGCAUAUCGCUGGAGAACGCUGUGGUAGAGUUCAGUCAGGACACACUUGUGGAGCCCACAUUGCAUGUGGGCAGCACGCCCAGUCCGACGCCUAGCGCGGCAAAGCGUGCCCGCCGUGGCAACCAGCAACAGGCACAAGCUCAAGCGAAUAUGGUCGAGCAACCUUGUAAUCAUCAGCAUAGUCCGCCCACCAUAAGCAGUAAGCUGGCAGCUGCCAACUCGCGCCAAUUGGUGCAGACAGCAUCUGUGAUUGCAGCAGCAGGCGCUGAUGAUAACUAUGAGAUUGAUGCGAAUCUCGUUACUGAAUUCAUCAGACAACACACCUCGCCGCUGGGCUCGGGACGUUACAUUUGUCACUUGUGCAGCACCGAGUUUCGUCAGUUUAAGGGCCUGCAAAACCACAUGCAUUCGCACACCAACUGGAUACGUGCGAAUUGUAAGAAGCAGCCGCAGUGCGAGAUCUGCCUUAAGAGCUUCAAGGGACCAGGCAUGCUGCGCAUGCACAUGAAGACGCACGAUGCCGAAACAAAUACACCGCAGUGCAAUAUAUGCGAUCGCACGUUCAAGUCCAAAGCAAUCCUGUAUAGGCAUCGACAAACGCAUCAACAACGCGCUUAUUGCUGUGGCGUUGCCAAUUGCCGUAAGAACUUUUCGAAUGCAGCCAAUCUGCGCUGGCACGUGGAGCGAAAGCAUCCGGAAUGCGUUGAACCGUUAUACAAAUGCGGUGAAUGCUCCACGCUCUACGACAACAUUGAUACGCUGCAACAGCAUGUGGAGACAACCGAUCAUGGCAGCCAAAGCAGUGAUCAAAUAAUCGCCACCAGCUCAAGCGGCGCCUUCAGCGGAGCCGUUAGCAUUGUCAGCAAUGGCACUGACAUGUCAAACAUUAUUGCCGCUGCACCAAAUGCUCUUGGCAAUGCUGCUGCCUCUGGUGACACGCAUGCCGUUGUCGUCGGCUCAUCGGGAGAAAUGUAUUUUGUGACGCAGGCGUAGCCAACGCCAACGUUUGCCACGCUUGGCAAUACCGAAUGCCUGCUCGGCAUGUAGAUUCUGAUCCUCGCCAGGCUCGCAACACCUGCAAACAGAUAUAUAUGUAUAUAUUUUUGUACUAGCCUUUAAACAUAGAAGUAGUUUAUUUUUAAUAGUA